UGACUUUCAACUAAAUCCCUCUAAAACAUCUCAUAUCAUCCAUCUUUUCCCCAUUUUCCAUCCUUUUUAGACUUAGUUUUGCACAAAUGUAAUGACAUUUCCACUAAAUCCCACUGAAAAACAUCUCAAAUUUGCACAAUGUAAUGACAUUUCCACUAAAUCGCACUAAAAAUUCCUCAAAUCGUGCAUCUUUUCCUCAGACCUCAAGCACAAUUUCAGCCUCCCUCCUCCUCCAUCCAUGCCCGGAGCCGGUGAUUCCUACCAUCAAGGCAACAUCCGGAUGACUCUGGAGGAUCCCGAGCUGUGGAGAUCCUUCCAUGAGAUCGGCACUGAGAUGAUCAUCACCAAACCUGGCAGGAGGAUGUUUCCACACUGCAAAAUCAGCUUGUCUGGACUGGUGCCGUAUGCAAAGUAUAUCUUAUUGGUGGACAUGGUUCCGGAAGACGGUCUCAGAUAUAAGUGGAAUAAGGAUAAGUGGGAGGUUGCAGGUAAAGCUGAGCCCCAGCCGCCCUACCGGACGUACCUGCACCCGGAUUCACCGGCGCCCGGCAGCCAUUGGAUGAAGCAGCCCGUGUCCUUCCUCAAACUGAAGCUCACCAAUAACGCACUGGACCAGCAUGGACAUAUUAUCCUUCACUCUAUGCACCGCUACCAUCCACGUUUCCACAUCGUCCAGGCUGAUGAUCUGUACAGCGUUCGCUGGAGCGUUUUCCAAACCUUUACCUUCCCCGAGACCUCCUUUACUGCCGUCACUGCCUACCAGAACACUAAAAUUACAAAGCUGAAAAUUGACCACAAUCCAUUUGCCAAAGGAUUCAGAGAUGAGGGAACAAACUCUAAAAGACGGGCAAACAAAAAUCUGCCUGAUCCUGAGCGAGUUGCAAAGAAAAUGUCCAAAGACUCUGAACAUGGAAGCCCACGAGAUAUGCAACCAUCGUCGUGUGAAGCUCUGGAUGAUGAACAGGCAGGCCGUAAAGACCUGGAGGUGAAGGCUGAGCGAUACUCCCCGUGGGGCGGUGCGUGCGACCAGGACAGCGGACACACUCUCCGUUCUGAGUCGCCACUGGGAUCAGACCAUCGAGACGUGUACAGCUCCGAGCAGCUUGUCCCGGGACAGAACACAUACCAGCCGUACAGAUUUCACGAAUACGGCAAAUCCCCGUCUCCAUCUUCAUCUUCCAGCGUUGGCAGCAGCAGUGCAUGUGGAAGCGCGGGACGUCCCAACUUCGAGUCCCGAGUCCUGGACGUGGCCACCGUGCCCGACACAGACAGCUCCAGCAAGCCCUCCUCCGCCCCAGAGUUCAGCCUCCCUCCACAUCCCUCUGCAGGACACCAGGAGUACACUGGAGUGCUAAACAUGGCCAUCACUCAGGCCAAACCAGGCAUGCUGGGAACUCAUCCGCUUUACAGCCACUACAGCACAGAACAGUCUCUGGGGCAGUGGAGCGGGGCAGCAUCCGCCCAAUACCCGCCUCCACCUCCGCCCCAUCAUCACCUACCCACCGAAUACAGCACCCAAGCCGUACAUCACGGGUAUCACCAUGGAAAUGUCGGCGAUUGGAGCCAGUACCCGCUGUUCUCAUACUCUUGCUGGUGAGCCGGACACCGAUUGAGAGACCAUUUUGAGGAUGCUUAUUUUUAAUUUUCUGCACGAUGAGGUCUGGAUUGUUUUUCAUGACCUGUAAAAUGGCAUACGAUGUCGCCCGGUACUGAGUGUACCAAAAGUGAACACUAAAACUGUGAGAGGACGCAAUGCGGCACUAACUACACUUGCAAAAUAUGCUAAUUUCUGACGGAGUUUCUAGUCUAAAUAGUGAUUAAUUGUUAAAUAAAUUGCAUUUUAUUGACAAGUAUG